CUGUCACUGAGAGAGGAGAAGGAGCUGUCUGACUGCUGAGCUGCGGCAAUGUCUAGGUCUUUUUAUGUUGACUCUCUAAUUAUCAAAGAUUCCUCCUCAAGACCAAUUCCAGCCUUGCCUGAUCUCUCCCACCACCAUCAUCAUCAUCAUGGGCAGGAUUUCCUUCUGCCUAUCAGCAUGCCAUCUCCAACAGUCAUGUCGGUGCAUGCCCCUGUGUGCCCUUCUAGGAAAAGUGGCAGCUUUUGUGUGUGUCCCAUCUGUGUGGCAUCUCACCUGCACUCCAGCAGGAAUAGCAUCCCUCUGCUCAAGGGCCACUUCCCUAAUGGGGAGGCGCAGUACUGCCAGAGGGUGAGCCAACAGCCCAGCCCAGCCAUGGUCCACCCAGCGCAUUCACCUGUCUGCAGCCCAACCUACAACGUUACGGACCCCAGGAGAUUCCAUUGCAUGACAAUGGGUGGAGCAGAGAACAGCCAAGCGCAGAAUGGCAAGCGAAUGAGGACUGCAUUUAGCAGCACCCAGCUUCUGGAGCUGGAGAGAGAAUUCUCCUCCAACAUGUACCUGUCCAGGCUGAGGAGGAUCGAGAUUGCCACCUACCUGAGCCUGUCAGAGAAGCAGGUGAAGAUCUGGUUUCAGAACAGGAGGGUAAAGCACAAGAAAGAGAAUAAGGGCUCCCAAAGGAACACCCAUGGGGGCUGCAAGUGCACAGGGCCACAAGGCCAUUACCCCCGAUCAGAAGACGAAGAUUCCUUGUCUACAGCUUCAACAAGUGAGGAUAAGGAGGUGUCACCUUUAUAAAUUGCUCUACCUGCAUACAUGUCUCUGUGACUCUAUGGCACUUAUGAUCUACACCAGGAAAACUAUAUUGACUCAUCCAAAUGCCCCUUUAUUCCACAAUCAGCUCAGUUAAAGCCUUUGGACAAAUCUCAGUUUCUGUUGAUUUUGGGGAUUGAAUAUAUGUGUCCCUAGGAUGGGAAAAUGUCAUGGGUUCGUUUUAUAAAGAAUGUGUUUUUGUUACAGUCAGAAAAUUAGUCGGAUGUAGGUUUUUAUGCAAAGGUCUGUAAAUAGUCUCAUGCCCUAACGUUUUGCAAAUCCACCUGCGAGUGAAUAGUUUUAUACAAAUUUAUAUUUAUAUUUAUUUAAAUAAACGAAGAUAUGGGUAA